AUGAACAAAUUCAAGCACGACGAAGUCAACGUCCGGAAAUCUCGGUUCCUUAGUCGGGUGCUGAUGGGCAGUGGCCCCGCCUGUUUGAAUGGGCUAUUUGCAACAUUGAGCGAUGUACUGGACGGAUCUUUGAAGAAUCGUAUUCAGAUGGAUGGACGCAAUUAUGGUGGCGCGCCAAUCGCAUUGGCUCCACUAUCUCGGGGCCUGGUUUCAGACAUCAUGAGCGUUAUGUUCUUCGGCGAGAAGCUGUCAUCUGAGGCGGAGUUCGCCCGCAAUCUCCGUCGCCAUCCGCGGGAGACCGUGGCUUGCAUGGGCGCUUUUCAGAUUCUUCCUUCCUUUCUGGCACCUAUGGCUCAUGCGGUGCUGACGCGACGAGGCUAUGCAAUGCACAAGGUACAAGAUCGAUUACUUAGAGAAAUCGCUCGAAUACAAGCGGCCAAUGAGGGGCAACCAGGGGGUGAUAAGUCAACUAUCCUCAACCAAAUGAUCUCACUUUCAGCAACAGAACGCGAGUAUUGGACCCCUCUUUUGCUGUCUCAAACAGUUCUAGGCCUCUGGCUGGCUGCAUCUCAUCAGCCGUGGGUCUAUCUGAACACCCUACUAGUCGAGUUGUGUCUUCGCCCGGAAUGGCAGUCCAUCCUGCGAGACGAGGUUGUUCAGAACUGUCCCGGUGGUUUAGAAUACAACGACUUGGAGCGGCUUCCUCUCCUGGACAGUUUCAUGCGAGAGACCUCUCGAAUGAGAAGCUUGGAUAGAUGUGAGAUACUCCGUGUCUGUUGGAAUACCCCCUCCGCUAAGUUCAUUCUACAGUUGCGGUACGGAGAAAGGCAUUAG